AGGCUGGAGGGAGGCAGCUGUUGCCAUUAUUUUAACCAGCCAGCGCAGAUCCAUCUCCGACUUCUCCCCUCCCCUGGACAGAAAAAAAAGAUGAUUCCGUCCACACCAUCAUAAACAUACGGCCACUGAAAGAGAUUCUUUAAAAAGUGAAAUCAAAUGGUACAGAAAAGUAGUAGUAUGUCCAGGACGCCUUCGACCCCGAACCAGGAGAUCCCAAUGGGCAUGAUCGACCACCAUCAGCACACGCAGGGAAAGUAUGCUAAGAGGAAGAGCCGAUUCAAGCGCUCAGAUGGGAGCACCUCUUCUGACACCACCUCCAACAGCUUUGUCCGACAGGGCUCCGCAGACUCCUACACCAGCCGGCCGUCCGACUCUGACGUGUCCCUGGAGGAGGACCCCGAGGCUCUAAGGAAGGAGGCCGACAGACAAGCUCUUGCCACACUUGAGAAAGCAAAGACCAAACCGGUGGCAUUUGCCGUGCGCACCAACGUUGGCUAUAACCCAGGUCCCAAUGAUGAUGUUCCUGUGCAGGGCAUGGCCAUUUCCUUCGAAUCCAAAGACUUCUUGCACAUUAAGGAGAAGUACAACAACGACUGGUGGAUCGGGCGCCUGGUGAAGGAGGGCUGUGAGGUGGGCUUCAUUCCCAGCCCGGUCAAACUGGAGAACACUCGCCUGCUGCAGGAGCAGCGGAUGAGACAAAAUCGGCUCAGCUCCAGUAAAUCUGGUGGAAGUUCAAGUCUGGAUGUUGCUACAGGAACUCGCAGGCCUACCCCGCCAGGAACAGCUCCCGUGGACACGUCCACAGCAGCCUUUGACAUUGACCCCCUCGACCUGGAUGACGAGGAGCCCCCUGAGUCCCAGGGUGACCCUCGUUCCCCCAAGGGCAUGUCGGGCAGCGUAACUUCUCCCCAGGCAAACGCCCACCGACUGCCUUUCUUUAAGAAGAUGGAGCACGUUCCUCCAUACGACGUGGUUCCCUCCAUGAGACCCAUCAUCCUCGUUGGACCCUCACUAAAAGGUUAUGAGGUCACAGAUAUGAUGCAGAAAGCCCUCUUUGACUUUCUGAAACACAAAUUUGAGGGCAGGAUAUCCAUCACACGUGUGACAGCAGACAUCUCUCUGGCCAAACGCUCGGUCCUCAACAACCCCAGCAAACACACCAUCAUCGAGCGCUCCAGUACCCGCUCCAGCCUGGACGUACUGGCUGAGGUGCAGAGUGAGAUUGAGCGUAUCUUUGAGCUGGCCCGCACCCUCCAGCUUGUUGCUUUGGACGCAGACACCAUCAACCAUCCCUCUCAGCUGUCCAAGACCUCCCUGGCUCCUAUUAUUGUUUACAUCAAAAUAGCCUCACCCAAGGUUCUCCAGAGGCUCAUUAAAUCCAGAGGGAAAUCCCAGGCCAAACAUCUGAACGUGCAGAUGGUCGCGGCCGACAAGCUGGCUCAGUGUCCGCCUGAACUGUUUGACAUCAUCCUGGAUGAGAACCAGCUGGAGGACGCAUGUGAACACCUUGCAGACUACCUUGAGGCCUACUGGAAGGCGACACACCCGCCGAGCAGCAACCCUCCCAACCCUCUCCUGAACCGCACCAUGGCCACGGCCGCUCUGGCUGCCUCGCCCGAGCCCGUCUCCAACCUGCAGGUACAGGUGCUCACCUCUCUGCGCAGAAAUAUGGAUCUGUGGCCCGACAUGGACGGCGCAGUGGCCGGUGAGGGGAAAGUGGAGGAGCAUGCUGUCUGAAGUCCAGCAGCAAGGAAGCGGGUUCUGAGGGGGGCACCCCGGUAACUUGACCCAAACUCAGCCUGAGCUCUGUAACCAAGAAGGAAAAGUGCAGUGAAACCGUGUCUAUUCUGUAUAUAAAAACAUAGGACAGGUGCAAAAUACAAAUGUUGGAGUAAGGAGCAAAUUUCUCACAUAUGAACAGCUAGUUUAAGCACAACCACAAAUAAAAUGAUGUAAUCUGUCUGUU